CUUGGCCCCUGCCCCGUCGGCCCGCCUGCGGGCCCGGCGCCGACGCUUUCUCCGCUCCGGGAGCCGGCCGGCCGGCGCGGUGGGGGCAUGGGGAGGACGGCUUGGGUGCUGCUGUGGCUGCUGCUGGGCAGCUCCGAGGCGCAGUACGAGAAGUACAGUUUCCGGGGCUUCCCGCCCGAGGACCUGAUGCCGCUGGCCGCGGCCUACGGGCACGCGCUGGAGCAGUACGAGGGCGAGAGCUGGCGCGAGAGCGCGCGCUACCUGGAAGCGGCGCUGCGGCUGCACCGGCUGCUGCGGGACAGCGAGGCCUUCUGCCACGCGAACUGCAGCGGGCCCACGCAGCCCGACGCCUCGGCCCUCGGGCCCGCGCCCGGCCCCGACGGCAGCCACGGCGACGAGUGGGCCCGCGAGCUGCGGCUCUUCGGCCACGUCCUGGAGCGCGCCGCCUGCCUGCGGCGCUGCAAGCGGACGCUGCCCGCCUUCCAGGUGCCCUACCCGCCGCGCCAGCUGCUACGUGACUUCCAGAGCCGCCUGCCCUACCAGUAUCUGCACUAUGCGCAGUUCAAGGCUAAUCGGCUGGAGAAGGCGUUGGCCGCGGCCUACACCUUCCUUCAGAAGAACCCCAAGCACGAGCUAACCGCCAAGUAUCUGAACUACUACCGGGGGCUGCUGGAUGUGACCGAGGAGCCCCUCACCGACUUGGAGGCGCAGCCUUACGAGGCCGUGUUCCUCCGGGCGGUGAAGCUCUACAACAACGGGGAUUUCCGCAGUAGCGCCGAGGACAUGGAGCGGGCCCUGGCCGAGUACCUGGCUGUCUUCGCGCGGUGUCUGGCCGGCUGCGAGGGCGCGCACGAGCAGGUGGACUUCAAGGACUUCUACCCUGCCAUAGCAGAUCUCUUUGCGGAAUCUCUGCAGUGCAAGGUGGACUGUGAGGCCGACUUGACCCCCAACGUGGGUGGCUUCUUCGUGGAGAAGUUCGUGGCCACCAUGUAUCACUACCUGCAGUUUGCCUACUAUAAGUUGAAUGACGUCCGUCAGGCCGCCCGCAGCGCCGCCAGCUACAUGCUCUUCGACCCAGAGGACAGUGUCAUGCAGCAGAACCUGGUGUACUACCGCUUCCACCGGGCUCGCUGGGGCCUGGAGGAGGAGGACUUCCAGCCCCGGGAGGAGGCCACGUCCUACCACAGCCAGACGGCCGAGCUGCGGGAGCUGCUGGAGUUUGCGCACAUGUACCUGCAGUCAGAUGAUGAGAUGGAGCUGGAGGAGACAGAAGCGCCCUUGGAGCCUGAGGACCACCCAUCUGAUGCCGAGUUUGAGGGGGAGGGCGACUACGAGGAGGGCAUCUAUGCUGACUGGUGGCAGGAGCUGGACGCCAAGGGUGAUGAGGCCGAGGCCGAGCCGGAGCCUGAACUUGCAUGAAAAGAGGGCCAUCCCUGCACCUCUCAAGAGCUCAGGAAGCCUGGGCCCGACGGGACCACCCUCACCAGCCUGGGCAGCAGCAAGAACUAUUUAUUAAAAGUGUAAAAUGGACAUAGCUGGCCAGGCGCCCUCCGGUCCCACCUACGAGCGCCGCUCCACCGACCCCUCCUGCCUCCUCGCCGGGUCUAUGGGCCCCAGGACGGUGGUGCUGCGGGUGGCUGGCAGCCUGUCCUCCUCCCGGUGCACUUCUCCAGGGGAGACGAUUCCAGCUCCCCCUCGCUGGGGUCUCAGCUUGAACCGCAGAGACAGCGGAGGGGCAGCCGUGUCAUGAAGAACGCUGGGCCCGUAGUCCAGCGGCUCCUGUCACACAGGCCGUGGGUACUCAAUAAACAUUUCUGGUUGAAUGAA